AUGGGCUGCGGCUCUUCCAAAGUCGACCCGGGCGAGCGGGACGCGGCGCAACAGAAUGCGAAGAUCGAUCGUCAAUUACGCCAGGACCGGAAACAGGAGCAGCGCACAGUAAAGAUCUUGUUGCUAGGCGCGGGAGAGUCUGGCAAAUCGACCAUAAUCAAACAGAUGCGCAUCAUACACUCGGGAGGCUUUCAAGAAGAUGAAAGAGUCCAAGUCAAGGCUGUCAUUUUCUCCAACGUGGUUAUCGCUUUUCGCGUCUUGCUCGAGAUCAUGCAAGAGGAGAGGCUGGCUUUCGCCGACGAAAAGACCAAAAUGCAUGCCGAAGUACUAGAAGAUGUCGACGCUGAUGUCGAUGCUUUGCACGCGUUCCGCGACCAGCGGCUCAAGGAAGCUAUGCUGGGUCUCUGGAAAGAUGAUGGUGUGCAGCAGGCCGUUGCUAAGAGCCACGAGUUCGCUCUCAACGACAAUUUGCCUUUCUACUUCCAGAACAUCAACCGUAUGUUUGAUCCUGGUUGGAUCCCGGAUGACCAGGACAUGCUACACGCUCGCCUCCGCACGACCGGCAUUACCGAGACUGUCUUCGAGCUGAAGGAGCUCACGUUCAGGAUGAUGGACGUAGGUGGCCAGCGGUCUGAGCGGAAGAAGUGGAUUCACUGCUUUGAGGGCGUGCAAUGCCUGAUGUUCAUGGCUGCACUCUCAGGUUACGACCAGUGUCUGGUUGAAGAUGUCAACGCCAAUCAGAUGCACGAAGCCUUCAUGCUCUUUGAAUCUCUUGUCAACGGCGAAUGGUUCAAGGACAAGCCAAUUAUCUUGUUCUUGAACAAGAUCGACCUCUUCAGGGAAAAGCUCAAGAAGUCGCCCAUCUCGGCCCACUUCCCCGACUAUCAGGGCCCGGACAACGACGAAGAAGCGGCCAAACAAUACUUCGCGAACAGGUUCAAGGCCAUCAACCGCAACAGUGCUCGAGAGAUCUACAUCAAUUUCACCAACGCAACCGACACUAAUCUCCUCAAAGUGACGAUGAACGAUGUCCAGGAUAUGCUGAUCCAGAAGAAUCUGCAGCGGCUUGUCCUCUAA